UUAAUAUAUUUUGUGUAGUAGUAGUGGUAGAAGAAGAUCAAAGAUCAAGAGAAGGUGUUGGGUGGUGUGUUUUGUUGUUGUUGUUGUUAUGGUACCUUCCUUCAACCACAAACCCUCUUCCUCCCUACCACACAUUCACCUUUUUCUCCCUCUCUCUCUCCCUCUUUCCCCUCUCCUUCUCAUUCUCAGUCUCACCACCAUCUUCAUAAUCAUAUCAUCACCUUCAUCUCUUUAAUCUCCAAACCAUGAAAAACCCAUCACCCUUUUCCUCCCUCUCAAAUUCAUCAACCCUUUUGUAAUCACAAACCCCCCAAAAUCAACAGGUCAAAGGCUUGUAUCCCUUUUUGUUCCAUCAAUUUUCACGGCUUUCUCCUCCUCCUUCUCCGAUUUCGAUCUUCUGGGUCGUCUUAGAAUUUAGAAAAGAUUCGGCCUUUGAAGAUGGGUAAGGGUGGAGCCGCCGCCGGCGCCGGCGCGGUCGAGCUCGACGGACCCGGUCCGCGGCCGGUUUUUUUCCAAGAGCCGAGAUACCGGGGCGUCAGAAAGAGACCAUGGGGCCGGUUCGCCGCCGAGAUCAGAGACCCUAUGAAGAAAGCCAGGGUGUGGCUCGGAACGUUCGACACCGCAGAGGACGCGGCGCGUGCGUAUGACACCGCCGCCAGAAACCUCCGGGGACCGAAAGCCAAGACGAAUUUUCCCCUCUCGACACCGUUUUACCACCAGCACGACAACGCCGCCGCCGAUCCGUUCGCCGAUCACCGGUUCUACCCUGCCGCCGGUGCUGGUGCCGGUGCCGGCAACGUGUUUCACGAUCAUCAGAGGCCUACCUCCAGUGGCAUGAGCAGCACCGUCGAGUCCUUCAGCGGUCCCCGCCCUGUCAGACCUCCGGCUCCGCCGGUUGCAGCCGCCCGGAGGUACCCUCGGUCCCCGCCCGUUGUUCCUGAAGACUGCCGCAGCGACUGCGAUUCCUCGUCAUCGGUGGUUGACGACGGCAAUGGAGACAACGUCGCUUCUUCAUCCUUGCUGCCGAUUCGCCGCCAGCCGCUGCCGUUUGAUCUCAACGCGCCGCCGGCGGAGGAUGCUGGUGAUGAUCUGCACUGCACCGCUCUCUGUCUCUGAUGGACGAUGAAGAUGUAUUGGUUCGUGGAAGAAAUCAUGAAAUUUUUUCUUCUUCAAUUUGUGCAACUUUGAUUUUUUUUUUCUUUCUUUUUUCCCUUUUUUUAUUAUGCGGAAAAAAUGAAAAUGAAAUUGAAAAUUAUGAUUGAUGAUCAGUUAUAAGAUUAUUGUAAUAUGAUCUUAGUUUCUGUGAGUAAAUCUUCCACCAUCACUGACAUGGUGUAUCAAAAA